UUCCUUUUCUGUCUGUCCUUCAACAUAACCAAACCCUGUCUUCUUCAACAACACCCCUUCCCCCACUCUCUCUCUUUCCCUUUUUUUCAAUGCUGGGUCGGUGCAACUUUCCAUUUUUCUUCACUUUUUCGCUGUAAAAAACAAACCCACUUGAAAAAAUCCUUCAUUUUUCUUGUCUAUACUCUUUGCAAAAUUUGUAGCAGAAUUCCACCAUAAAGUUAUAUUUUUCAUUGCUUUUGCAUUCAUCAAUUCUGUUUUGCAAAAAUCAUUGAGUUUUAUCUUAGUUGGUGCCAAUCUUUUGUGUGUAUUUGAAGCUUUUUUCUAUUUUGUGAUUAUAAAACUUUUCCAUUAAGUUUAAUCAUUAGUUUUUUUUUUCAAUAUUGGAAGAAAGUUGAGGUGGAAUCUCUGAACUUUUGAGCUGUAAAUCUGUUGCAAAGAGUUGGUAAUUGAAAAUUUCAGCUUUUUCUUUGAAAUUUGAGUUAAUUAAGGCUUGUGCAUGAAGAAAAAAGGCAUUGAAUAUUGAUACCUUUCUCUCCAAAGGAAGUUUGUAUUGUUCUAGCUAGAUAGCUUCAUUCAAUUGUGAUACUUUGGGAAUGAAAUUGGAAUUCCUUGAUGCUUUGUAAGUGAACUCAUCAAGCUUUUACUCUUUCAGCUUGAACAAUAGGUUAUGCAAGAUUGUACCACUGAGGAGUGUCGUUUGAACAUAACCAACAAAAGGCUUAGAUUGCCUUUUUAGCAUCAAAGGAGAAGGAGAAUUGAACCGAUCGAUUCAAACGGAAGUCAACUGUGCCAAAUCCAAAUAAUUUCAAUAUGGCAAAGAGGUCUCAAAGAUUCCCUGUGCAGUAUGAGAAAGAUCAGUCAGGUUGUAUGUGGGGAUUUAUUAGUAUGUUUGAUUUUCGCCAUGCUCGCUUUACUCGGAGGUUGAUUGCUGAUAAGAGGCACAACAACAAGCAUGCUCUUGGUGCUGUACUUACCAAGAACAAAUUUGAGGCGUUGAGCAAUUUGGAUGAAGAAUAUCAAGCCAAUUUGGACAGAGGAGAGAGUAAGAGACUAACAGUUGCAAUUGAUGCUGACAAGCUUAGUGUGAAGAAACUCAUAGAAGAAGAGAUGUUCAUUGACCAGGAUGAAAUAAAGAAUCAAGGUACUGAUUUAGGGUCUGAAGAUUCCCUGAAGACAGAUUCUAAAAGAAAAAGAAAAUCUCGCAAGAAAAGCCGAGAUAUGGACACCAAUGAUCCGAGUGCGACUUUGAAAUCAGAAUUCUCACAUAAUCAGCACUCAAACCAACAAUCUAAAGAUAAUAUUGAUUUGGACAAGAUAAUGGAAGAUUUUUGUCAAAUUGAACGUGCUUGCUCCUUGAUGCAUGACGAUGAUAAUAGCAAAAGUCAUGAUCAGUCAAAUCAAAAGAAUGUCAAUUCUGAAGAGCUUGCAAGAGAUGCAAUUCAUGAUUUUGUGAAUCAAAAGAUAUUGAAUGGGAAAGAUAUGGUAGAGGAUAAAAAAUUCCUUUGUUCGAAUGAAGUAAUGGAAACACUUCAGGUUAUAAGCUCGGAUAAGGAAUUGUUUCUAAAACUUCUACAAGAUCCAAAUUCACAUUUACUGAAGUAUAUUCAGGAAUUGGAGAAUGCUCAAGGGAAAACUGAAAAAGAAUACAAUUCUGUUGCUAAUUCCAACUUCACCGAACAAGACCUUCACAAUCUAAAACAAACUAGGGAGAUUGUCAGCCGCAAGCAUCGUAAAUUUUUCUGGAAAAGGGUAAAAUCUCCAUCGAAAGUUCCAACAAAUAAAAAUACAGAAACUGAGAUUCCAAAUAGAAUUGUCAUUCUGAAACCUGCACCAACAGGCAUGCAAAAUUCAAAAAAUGAAAGCAAUGUUGAUUCUCGUGAUAUUGUCCAUUACAAAGGUCCUUCUUCUGUGAGAGUUGGUUCACAUUUUUCCCUUACAGAGAUAAAAAGGAAAUUUAAACAUGUUAUAGGAAAGGAGAAGCAUGGAAACCACGAACGAAAUGUUGAACGUGAAAACAACGGCUCAAGAGGAAAAACCAUUGGUAACGAUAAAUUUGAAAUGAGAUCUCCUAAUAAAGACCGUUUCUUCACUGAAAAAAUUGCAAGACCUAUGUUUGAUGUUGUAAAAGGAGACAAGAUUGCUACAGUGAAAGACUCCAAAUUUAAUGCACAACGUGAAAGCGGUUCUACUAAGGGAAAGGUUUCAAACAUAUACGUUGAGGCAAAGAAACAUUUAUCUGAGAUGCUAGAUAAUGGAGAUGAUAACACAGGCAUUUCUAGCAGCCAGAUUCCUAAAACCCUUGGCAGAAUACUAGCUCUUCCUGAGUACAACUUCUCUCCUCUUGGGAGUCCUGGAGGGAAUUUGGAGCAUCAUCUUGUGACUGCACAUUCAAGACUUUCAUCUUCAGAUAAAACUCUGGAGGAUAAUGAGGAUCACUUGUCUCCCAAGGACGCAACCUCUAUUGAUCAACCAGACAAGGAAACAAGUAAUUCAGCAAACCAGUCAAGUGUUUGUGGUGAAAAUGAAAGAUCUAAUGAAGUACUAGAAAUUGAGUCAGAGUCAACUUUCUCGCAUGAACUUGGUCAUGUUGAUACUUCCGAAGCCGGUUAUUCUGUUGGAGAUGAGAUAGUUGCUGAAGGUAAUGUAGAAUUCACAAAAGAUAUAAAUGUUUUGGAAUCUUCCUCGAAUCCAAAUGGUUGUAUUGCCGGAAAGGACCAACAAAAUCAUGAUAUUGCAGAAAUUCCUGAUGAUGGUAGAUGUUCUGAGUGCUUGAAUGAGGAUGUAAAAGAAGAGAAUCAACCAUCAUCUCCACUGUCCUCCCCUUCUCACUCUUCCAUCACAAAUACAAUUGAAGAGCUAGAAAGUAGUACAGAUGUAUCUGGUCGACCAAGUCCUGUAUCUGUACUCGAUAUACCGUUCUCCGAUGAUGACCCUGGCUACUCCGCAUGUCAGCCUGUUAAACUGCGAGUACAGCCACUACACAUUCGAUUUGAGGAACAUGACUCUUCACCAGUGGAGCGAUUCGAUAGAGGAAAAUGUUGUUUUGAACAAAAUGAAUUGAUAUAUGAGUACAUAAAUGCUGUCAUCCACACCGCUGGCUUGACACAAGAUCAACUAUUGAUGAAAUGUCUUUCGUCGGACAAGAUACUAGAUCCUUCGUUGUUUGAUCAGGUAGAGUUCUUCUCAAACAUGCUUUGCCAUGAACAGAAGCUCCUAUUCGACUGUAUCAACGAGGUUCUCAUGGAGGUUUGUUGGCAUUACUUUGGAGUCUCGCCUUGGGUAUCAUUUGUAAACCCUAGUAUAAGGCCAACUCCAAAUAUGAAAAAGGUUAUUCUCAAGGUCUGGGAAGGAGUGUGUUGGCAUGUCCUUCCUUUGCCCCCACCGCACACUUUGGAACAAAUUGUCAGAAAAGACAUGGCGAGAAAUGGAACGUGGAUGGACCUUCGACUCGAUGCUGAAAUAGUUGGUUUUGACAUGAGUGACACCAUUCUUGCAGAACUGAUGGAAGAUACAAUAUUGAGUCUUGUGAGUCAAAGUACGGAAAGUUAAUGUUAUGUGCUUCAAUUUGAAUUGAAGGACAGCGAGAGCGGCAUUAACUUGUAGAUGACAAAUCAGAGGAACAUCAUGCACCGGAGCACCAUUAACUUGCAGAAAGUUAAUGUUUUGUACUUCAAUUUGAAGGGAGGUAAAAAAAAUUAUACAUCAUGCAGGAAGAAUAAUGAGGUGUCUUAAACUUUUUAAGGCAUGAAUGGACUUUGGUACUAUUUUUUUAAUCAUUCAUGAUGGAACAUAUAAUGAGAAUCAGGAUACUCAAUAAGAAAUCAUGAAGUCACAAAAAAAUGUAGGAUGCUAGCCAGUCACUUGCUUCUUGCAAAAGUACUAAAACAGCAAUUUUAUUUGGUGUGACAUACUUCACCCUGUGAGGGCUAAAGAUGUUUGAUUGUAGAUUUUGUAAAGUUUGAUUUGCUGAUCACAUUACCUGGUGUGUUAUUUUUUUGUUUGACACGAUACUUUGUAUAUUUGUUUUUUGGUUUAACCUAUUGUAUUGAGUGUGUGUGGAAAUAAUGAAAUGUGAACUCAGCUUACCAUAGUAUCCAAGAGAACAAGUAGAAAUAUGAAUAAUAUGUGACAAUAA